CGUCGUCACUAGACUCGGCAAAAGAUCCACUGGCCGGACAGAGAUGCAAGAUCAUCCAAGAGACUAGUCUAAAAAGAGUAGUAAAGGAUGGCACAACUGAACAAGAACAACAGCCAGCCGAUCCUCACGCGCACUCCCCUUUUCUCUUCAGUAUGAAGAAGUUUGCCAGUGGUGUAACAGAACGGCAGCAAGAUGCUCACUUCAUGAAGAAAGCCACCGGCUCUCCUAAGAAAACCGGAAAUCAACCGGUUACGACUUGUACGGGAGGAAAGACAGACAAGGAAAACAAGCAACUAGUACAUGAAGAGGCAACAGUAACAGGAGCAGGCGCAUCGACAGAAGAUGCGUCGGAGAAGAUUGUAGACGAACACGAAGUAGUUGAUGAGCAUGACCAUAGCAUUGCGAGCGCAGCUUCUGGAGACGUCAUGGAGGGCGUAGAGGAUGCCGGAAGUACCACGUCGGCACAGUGCAAGAAGGUGGACCAGAUGCAGCUGGCACACCUCAGACAAAUUUUUGAUGCAGACUUCUUAAGCGCAGUUGCCAACAUUCCUGAGUUGAGCGAGGCGUAUGAGAUUUUGAGCGAGGGAGCCGAAACAAAAAAAAAUCUAUCGUCGGAAGAUAUAACUUAUGAUGAGAAUCGUUCUCAUUAUGCUUGUCCAUUCAUAUAGGAAGUAGUCCCAUACUAUCUAAGAACUGCAGGACGCAACCGCUAGAAGCUACUAUAUCUCAAGUUAAUACUUCUAUUACGUAUAUUUUUUUCGAGUGUUCAGCUCUAUAGACAGAAGAUUUUUAUUUCUUCAGUUAUUUUUCUAACACUUGCACAAGCGGACCCGCAUUUCUGAACUUCGAAAAGUGCUACGAAGUGAUGGAAUGGUCUUACGAAUUGCAACGUUUCUGCAGAAUGCGUGCCUUCAUGAUGAUCCAGACGAAAAAGUGAAUUUUUCUGCGAUGACUACGGCGAAGACUAAGGAUAUUGC